AUGGGAGACUGGAGCUUCUUGGGGAAUAUUUUGGAGGAGGUGAAUGAGCACUCCACUGUGAUCGGUAGAGUUUGGCUCACUGUCCUGUUUAUUUUCCGGAUCCUCAUUUUGGGAACAGCGGCAGAGUUUGUGUGGGGGGAUGAACAGUCUGAUUUUGUAUGCAACACCCAGCAGCCUGGUUGCGAGAAUGUCUGCUACGAUGAGGCCUUUCCUCUGUCCCACAUCAGAUUGUGGGUCCUGCAGAUCAUCUUUGUCUCCACACCAUCCCUGGUGUAUGUGGGGCAUGCUGUGCACCACGUGCGGAUGGAGGAGAAAAGAAAGGAGCGAGAAGAGGCAGAAAUGAGUAGGCAACAGGAAAUCAAUGAAGAGAGGCUGCCGCUGGCUCCUGAUCAAGGGAGCAUCCGAACCACCAAGGAAACAAGUACCAAGAGUACUAAGAAGUUUCGGCUAGAGGGAACCCUCCUAAGAACCUACAUCUGCCAUAUCAUCUUUAAGACACUUUUUGAGGUGGGCUUUGUGGUGGGCCAGUAUUUUCUGUAUGGUUUCCGGAUCCUCCCCCUGUACCGUUGCAGCCGUUGGCCUUGCCCAAACACGGUAGACUGUUUUGUCUCCAGACCUACAGAAAAGACUGUGUUCAUAAUGUUCAUGCUGGCUGUGGCGGCAGUGUCACUUUUUCUAAAUGUGAUAGAGAUCAGCCACCUGGGCUGGAAAAAGAUCCGUCUUGCAUUUCGAAGGUCGGCGGAUCAUCAAACUCAACAGCUGCUGGGAGAAGUUUCACAGAAGCCCCUGCACUCCAUAGCCAUCUCUUCCAUUCCAAAGUCUAAGGGCUACAAGUUGCUGGAGGAAGAAAAGGCUGUCUCCCAUUUCUAUCCAAUGACUGAAGUUGGAUUAGAAGCUAGCCCCCUACCUACUCAGUUUAACAACUAUGACAAAAGCAGCACGGGACUCCUGGAAGACCUCUCCAAGGCUUAUGAUGAAACUCUGCCCUCCUACCGCCAAGCUGAAGAGCAAGAGGUGGUGAAAGUGCAAGUGACUGAGACCUUAGAACAAACUCCAUCUGAGCGAGCCCCAUCAGUUAGGGCUCCUUCGGUGCGUGCCCUCUCUGACCGCGUUCCCUCUGAGCGUGCCCUUUCUGAAAGAGCACCAUCACGUGCAGUUUCUGACCAUGCAGCUUCAGAGCAUGCUCCCUCUGAACAUGCAUCCAUUUCAAGAAUACAAUCCAACCAUGCACUCUCUGAAAGAGCACCCUCAGAGCAAGCCAUCUCCCGUGCUGGUUCUGAGCAUGCCCCUUCGGAGCGAGCUCACUCUCGGGCAGUAUGUGAGCUUGCACCCUCAGAGCGAGCUCCUUCUCGGACCAUUUCUGAACACGCCCCUUCUGAGGGAGCUCCAUCUCGAGCUACUUCCGAGCACGCACUCUCAAACCGAGCUCCCUCACGGGCAGCAUCGGAGCAUGCUCCAUUUGAACAUGCGCCUGAGCAAGUGCCUUCUCAAGCAGCUUCUAAUGUCCAGUUAUAUGAUGCUCCUGUAGAACAGCCCCAAGAAAUUGUCACGUCACCUUUAGAAGACGAUCGUACACCCUCAAGAGCUCUCUCAGACCACAUUGGUCCUGAUCCUUCCCCAUCAGAUCGUGAGGUUCCUCAACCUGUGCCCCCAGAACCAGACGUUUGUGAACCAGAGCCUACAGGCCUGGAGUUGGCUCUAUUGAGUUUUGAAUUAGUUCCAGAUUCCCGGUCCCUCAGUAGAUUAAGUAAAGCAAGCAGCAGGGCCCGAUCAGAUGAUUUAAUGGUAUGA